AUGAGCGCCGCCCGCCAGCUCACCCCCAAGCAGCACACGCUCGCCAUCCUCGGCGCCGGCCUGUCGGGCCUCUCGACCGCCCACUACUUCCUGCGCGCACUCGACCCGCCAGCCCGCAAACUCGCCCGCAUCGUCGUCCUCGAAAAGGAGCAUCGCGUCGGCGGCUGGUGCCGCGCGCACCGCUACGAGGGCGGCAAGCUCCUCAAACCCGACGAGCAGCCCGAGGGCAAAGGCGACGUCCUCGCUUUCGAGACGGGCCCGAGGAGCAUUCGCCCGCAGGGCCUCCUCGGCUGGCUCACGAUCGAGAUGGCGCACGAUCUCGGCCUCACCCUCGACUCGUCGCUCGUCGUCGUCCCCAAGUCGGCCCCCUCGGCCCGCAACCGCUACCUGUACACCCCACCAACCCUCACCCUCCUCCCCUCGUCGCUCCUCUCGACCCUCAAGGCCAUCUUCACGACCCCGCUCAUCCGCCGCAUCCUCCCCUCGCUCCUCCUCGAGCCCUUCCGCCCGCGCUCGCCCCUUCACGACGCCAAGGACCCUGGCGCGGCCGACGAGUCGGUCGACGGCUUCUUUGCGCGCCGGUUCGGCCGCACCCUCGCCGACGACAUGCUCAGCGCCAUGAUCCACGGCAUCUACGCCGGCGACUCGCGGCGCCUGAGCGUGCGCGCCGUGUUCCCGCAGCUGUGGGACGCCGAGCGCGAGUGGGGCAGCGUCGUCCUCGCCGGCCUCUUUGGCUCGCUCGCGCGCCGCAAGGGCUGGAAGGAGGCGAGCGCGUGGAGGGUCCGCGCCGACGAGGACGUGCGCGAGAUGGGCCGUAUCAAGGCGCGCAUCGGCGCGAGCGGCGAUGAGGGUCGGCGUCUCGUCGAGGCCAUGGAGGGCGCGAGCGUGUGGGGCGUCAAGGGCGGCGUCGAGGGCUUGACCGAGGCGCUCAGGGACCGCCUCAGGAGCGAGGGCGUCGAGUUCUGGAUGGGCGACAAGGGCAGGGUCGAGGAGGUCGAAAAGGUCGGUGACCGGUGGAAGAUCCGCACAACCGCCGGCGAGGUCGAUGCGACGCAGGUCGUGACGACAAACCCGCAGCUCCUCCCGCCGUGGCUCGCUCCGCCGCCGCUCCCUUCGGCCACCGUCAGCGUCGUCAACCUCGCCUUCCCCGACCCUUCCUCCUCGUCGUCGUCGUCCACCUCGACCUCGAGCGACGCCGCGCCAGCUCGCCUGUUCCCUCCCGGGUUCGGCUACCUCAUUCCGCGCACGGUCCCCUCCUCGCACAACCCGCACCGCGCCCUCGGGUGCAUCUUCGACUCGGACGUGCUCCCCAACGUCGACGCGUCGGCCGCCCAGGGUCUGACCAAGGUCUCGCUCCUCAUGGGCGGCUCGUACUGGCUCGACGACGACGGCAAGGCCGAGAAGAAGGCGAGGGAGGUGGUCAAGACCGGGACCGAGAUGUGGCAGCUGUAGAUCGCUUCAUUAGACGCUGCUGCAACGAGCUCCUCAUAGACUCUC